AAGGCAGAUUGUAGUACUAGUGCUCAGUGGUAGGCUGGUUGACGUGUAGUCAAGCGCCAUAUUGGAACUUGAUUACAGGUUAGCCAGCCAGUCGAGGGUUGGUCGAGUGUGUACAUAGUGUCAAGUCAGUACCGUCAGUUUCCCGUGAGACAUGAGCGUCACCAGGGGCUCAGUCUACACAGAGUCAGCGAGAGACUCGGCAUCUUCCCUGAUUAUUUCUCAAACAUGUCUCUGAUGUGAAGUGCCCGAGGAAGACCUGGGGUGUUUCAGCUCGUCAUCUUUUCUGCAACUUGCAAGUGAUACCGAGAGCUCAUGGCGUGUUUGAGUCUGUUGUCUCUCAACCCGGUCAGCCGACUUGAAGAUGUUGACGAUGAUAGACGUCCAGAGAUACCAGACCAGCUCGGAGCUGAAGCAUCUGCAUAGCAAUAGGGUAGUUAUGACGUUGAGUUGUAGUCAUUGCUGGAUCUGCAGCCGUCCACUUGUGGGUUCGUGAAUCAACAUCGACAUGCCGGCGAGACCAAAGACAAGACAUAGCUUUGUUGACAAGAGUGAGACUCGGACUCCUAGACACCAUGUCACUAUAACCCCUUACCCAUGAAUUUCGGAUGAGCGUCGUGAUGUCUGGUUGUGACAUUGGCGUGGACAGAAAUGUGAUCCAUAUGCACAUGAUUAAUGUUGGGUGAGGUUGAGUGAGGACGAUGAGUAAGUACGUGGAAGGCAUAUCAACUGCCAAGUGAUGAGACAGGUGGGCUGAAUAGAAUCCUAAAAUCAGGUUUCUUCGUGGCAGAGUGAGAGAGUUCGUGGCAGAAAUCAGAUGUCGGCAUCUUGAGACGGUGAUGGAUGCGGCACACGGCAGAGGUCAGAAAGCGGGCGGUUCGGGCCAUGACGGAGACGGAGACGGAGACGGAGACGGGGACGGGCCAGGCCGCCGAUGCCCUUGAGGCGGCGCUAGCUCACUCUAGCUUGGCGCGUUCAGGGUCCUCUGGCGGCAGGCAGAGCUCCAAAUCUACCUGUAGCUGUACUAGCUGGAGCCCAGGUUCAAUGACCCCACCUCUGCCCCGCUGGAGAGCCCCGCCAGAGUGCUGCGAUGCAGAGCUGUUGCUGGGGGAACACAGUUGAAAGGGGGUCUUGGUCUCUCCAGCUUCAUUUCCCAACUUCUUUGUUGACCGCCCGCUGACCAACAACCACCAAGCAACCACCAUCGCGACAUUGCCCUUCUGUCCUUUCUCUUACUUCUUCUUUGUGACCUGUUCUUUCCAUACGCCUCUAACGAUACCCCCCCCGUAUAAUCCUAUAACAUAUUCAUAAUGGCUUCCGAAAAGGUCUACCGCGCCAGCACCACGGCCCCCGUCAACAUUGCCGUCGUCAAGUACUGGGGCAAGCGCGACACCAAGCUCAACCUCCCCACCAACAGCUCUCUCUCCGUCACUCUCUCCCAGGCCGAUCUCCGCACCCUCACCACCGCCUCCUGUUCGGCCUCGUACCCCGAAGGCGACUCCCUUCUUCUCAAUGGCGAGCCCUCUGAUGUGUCUGGCGCUCGCCCCCAGGCCUGCUUCCGUGAGCUGCGCGCCCGUCGUGCCGCCCUCGAGGCUGCCGACCCCUCGCUCCCCAAGCUCUCCACCAUGCCUCUGCGCAUCGUCUCCGAGAACAACUUCCCUACCGCUGCCGGUCUCGCCUCGUCCGCUGCUGGCUUCGCUGCCUUUGUGAGGGCUAUCGCCAACCUCUACGAGCUUCCUGCCUCCCCCUCGGAGCUGAGCUUGAUCGCCCGCCAGGGCUCCGGCUCCGCCUGCCGCAGUCUGUUUGGCGGUUAUGUUGCCUGGCGCAUGGGUGAGGCUGCUGAUGGCAGCGAUUCCAUGGCCGACCAGGUUGCCGAGGCCUCGCACUGGCCCGAGAUGCGCGCCCUGAUCCUCGUCGCGUCUGCCGCCAAGAAGGGUGUCAGCUCGACCUCGGGCAUGCAGCAGACGGUUGCCACCUCGAGUCUCUUCAAGGAGCGCAUCACGUCGGUCGUUCCCAAAAACAUGGAGAUUAUGGAGAAGGCGAUUGCCGAGCGCGACUUUGCCGCGUUUGCUGAGGUCACCAUGCGCGAUUCCAACUCCUUCCACGCUACCUGCGCUGACACCUAUCCUCCCAUCUUCUACAUGAACGACGUUUCGCGCGCCGCCAUUCGCGCUGUCGAGGCCAUCAACGCGGCUGCUGGCCGGUCCGUUGCCGCUUACACUUUCGAUGCCGGCCCGAACGCCGUCAUUUACUAUCUCGAGCAGGAUACCGAGGCCGUUGUUGGCAACCUCUACAGCGUCCUUAGCAAGGUGGAUGGCUGGAAGGCGUCCGCCGUUGAGGGCCUCAAGGCCAACGCGUCCUUUGACGAGAGUGUUGUCGGCUUGCUCAAGAACGGCGUCAGCCGUGUGAUCAUGACCAGUGUCGGCGAGGGUCCGGUUGCGACACAGGAGUACCUGGUGGCUGAGGAUGGCACUCCGGUCAAGAGCUCUUCUUAGAGGAGAUGGGUUUGAAAGAGAAGCAUAACGCGUAAGCUGCUGCGCAGGUUGGAUUUUAAUACUGGAGAAAUAUUGACCUAAUAAUGUACAUACCCGGCUGUGGACACACUACCAAGGAAGGGCAAGGUAGCGAGAAGCUAUGGACAUAUCAUGAUACAGACAUGGCUGGCUAAAUGUCCCUGGAGGACAGACAGUAUUGGCCAAUGUCUGAAAAGGCUAGCAGGCUGUUGCAAUGGCAAAGAUGGACGCAAACCCUGUCCGUUCCUUCUUCGGUUAUACUUGGGUAUAGCACCUCCAAGUCUAUAGUAAGGAGGUUCUAAGAUAUCUAAAAGGGGCCCCGAUCGAUGUCCAGUUUAUGGCGUGCGGACUUGAGCCUUAAUGUCGGUGGCUUAUAACACAUACAGCAAUCACGGCACGGCCUUACGUCAGGAUAUGGCCAAAGGGGGGUUUUACCAUCGCUUGGCGCCAUCCCUUUCGCGACCAUUCAAGACGCGCACUGCACGCUCAUGUACAACGCAACAUAACGCAGCUUUGGGCUAUCUUACGCGCCAUUGCAUUAUCAGGAGAAGAAAAACCGGUUGGUAACUCUGGCUAAAUAAUUGUAUC